UGGUGUCGUCCCAAGCCUAUUCCCUUGGAACAACUUUACUGCUCCUUUGAGAAGGGAGUCAGUAUAUGACAGAACCUUAAAACGUCAGUCUAUAUAGCUAUGCUGUGAAGAUAGCGACAUGGUGGCUAAGGCAGCAAGGAUGGAUCACGACUAUGUGACACACCCACCUGCAGGUGCUCUGGAUGAGGCUUUGGAUUACAUCCAUGACCUAGAAGCCAAAUUGCAAAACACUGGUCUACCACCCCCUACUCUCUUCAGCCAAUACUGUGCGUCAGACGACCAAAUACGUUUCUACACCAAAUUUCCAUCUGAGAGUGUUUUUACUAUUUUUUGGGAGUCAAUUGCACCAUCUGCACUUAGACUGGUGUACUGGACCAAAGCACAGAGGGCAGGUGAGGAAGGCUGCGAAGAUCCCAGCCCACCACGCAUCAUGCCAUUAAUAGAUGAGUUCUUGAUGUACUCCAUGCGGGUUGCUGUUGGCAUGAAGGAGCAGCUCAUUGCUGACAUGUUUAAUGUGAGCAUUGCCAGGGUUAGCAGGGUUACCAUCACCUGGGCCAAUUAUCUUUUUAUGAUGCUGAGCUCACUUCCCAUCUGGAUAAGCAGGGAAAAGGUUAAGUCCACUAUGCCCCUUAAAUUCCAGCGGUACUGUCCCGAUGUCAUAGUGAUACUGGACUGCACAGAAAUUGCCCUGGAAACAGCCUCAUCCCUGACCUUAAUAUCAGAAACAUUUUCAAAUUACAAAAACAGGACGACAUUGAAAGGGCUAAUUGGAGUUGCUCCCAAUGCUUUGGUGACAUUCAUCUCACCCCUGUACACUGGGUGCAUCUCAGAUAAGGAGAUCACCAGGAUCAGUGGAGUCCUUCCCUUGCUGGAGCCAGGAGACGAUGUCAUGUCGGACAAAGGGUUCCUCAUUCAAGACCUCCUUGCUGACGUUGGAUCUAAGCUCAUCAUUCCACCUUUUAAGCGUUCAGCUCAAUUCAGCAAGGAGGAAACGGAACAAACCCAAGCCAUUGCCCGCCUCAGAAUUAUAGUGGAAAGAGUGAUCGGUAGGAUAAAGUCCUUUCACAUCUGGGACUCUCCCGUGCCGCUCACACUGAUUGGCAGUGUGAAUCAGAUCUGGCUUAACUGCUGUGUUUUGGCAAAUUAUCAAGGACCUUUUUGUUUUGAAGAGUGAAUUAAUGUUUGGUAUGUAAAUAAAGUGUUAAUAGUAUGUAAAUAAUUGAA